AUGUGCGGGAUUCUCUUCUCUAUCACCUCCACAACCUCACCUCCUCUACACCCUACUUCUACCUCCCUCCCGGACCUCAUCUCCCGCCGAGGCCCGGACACCACAAACACGCAUGUAACCGCCUUCGAAAAUUACGCCCUAACCUUUACUUCCUCCGUCCUUUCUCUCCGUGGGAGGCUCACCCCGCAGCCACUUGUCGAUCCAGUAACCGGCUCGGUAUUAUGCUGGAACGGCGAGGCGUGGCGGAUAAAUUCUGCUUUGGUGCCUGCGGGAGUUAACGAUGGGGAGGAAGUGCUUAAGCUACUGCUCUCGGCGGAGACCCCGGAGAAGGGCUUUGCGGGGAUCGCGGGACCUUGGGCGUGCGUGUUUUUCGAUGCUGUUAGGGGGAGGGUUUGGUACGGGAGGGAUUGUCUGGGGCGGCGAAGCUUGCUUGAGUUGCGGAAGGGGGGAUGGAAAGACGGGGUUACAAUUGCUAGUGUUGGGGAUGGACAUGAGGGGUGGAAAGAGGUGGAGGCUUAUGGGUUGCGGUAUUUCAGUUUGCAAAGUGGAGAGGAGGGGGUUGUGCCAUUUUUGCACCGAGAGGAUAGGGAUGGGGGUCAAGUUUCAAUGGAAUUGCCUUUCCCUAAGCUCAACCGGAAUAUCGAACCAGACGGACGCUUAAAUACUGAUUCUCCAGAGGUUGGAAAGCUCAAGGAGGUUCUACUGGGGAGCGUCCGAAUAAGAGUCGGCGACAUCCCCGAGCCCCCGGGCCCCGGAAGAAAAGUUCGACUAGCGGUACUUUUCUCUGGUGGUCUUGACUGCUCAGUAAUAGCCCGGCUCGUGCACGAAUGUCUACCACUAGAUGAAGCCGUUGAUCUCUUAAAUGUAGCAUUCGAAAACAGGCGCUUUGUCGAAGCACGAAACAAAGCGAACAAGGCUAACAAACCUAAACGCCGGACCCAGCAUCCAGAAGCGGCGGCCCCACCCGAAGAUCCUCAACGGGAAGGCGCCGUAGAUCCGUAUUCCAUCUGCCCCGACCGAAUAACCGGCCUAGCCACCUAUGACGAGCUGCAAAAAGUUUGCCCCGGCCGUCUCUGGAACUUCAUACAAAUCAACGUCCCUUACACGGACCUCCUCUCCCACCGCCAAUCCGUAAUAAACCUCAUCCACCCGCACAACACAGAAAUGGACCUCUCAAUUGGCGUGGCCUUCUACUUCGCCUCCCGAGGCACGGGCUACUCCUUCCCAGGCAACCAGCCGUACUCCACCCCAGCCCGCAUCCUCCUCUCCGGCCUUGGCGCCGACGAGCUCCUAGGUGGGUACGCCCGUCACGGGACCGCCUUCCGCUCCCGCUCUUACGCAGGCCUGCUAGAAGAACUCCAGCUUGACGUUGGCAGGCUUGGAAAGCGCAACCUGGGCCGUGAUGACCGCGUACUGGCGCACUGGGGACGCGAAGCACGGUAUCCGUUUCUGGACGAGGAUGUAGUAGCGUGGUGCCUGAGCACUGGGGUUAUCAGGAAGUGUGGCGGUAGUGAGGAGGAGGUUGUGGAGGGAAAGAGGGUACUUAGGCUUUUGGCGGGGAGGCUAGGGAUGCAGGAGGUGGCGAGGGAGAAGAAGAGGGCUGUUCAGUUUGGGAGUAGGAGCGCUAGGAUGGAGGCGGGGGAGAAGGGGAGGGUGAAGGGGACGGCGGUGGUUAGUUAG